AUGGUCAAUACCAGCGUGUCCAGCGACUAUUCAGUCGAAGAAAUCACCCAGGUUGGGCGCAAAGGCCGAUCUCACGGCCACAAGUAUGAUGGCGCUGAUUUCGACGAAUCCAUGACAAACCCGAGGACCACCCGUAAUAAGCAGGAAAGACGUCGCUCGCCCACUACUUCGAAUAAGGCGCGGGCCAGUUCAGGGUCUGCAUCGAAGAGACGGACCGCCUCAAAGAACGUGCAUUCGCAUCAACCCCAGGAGUGA